AUGGCUCCUGCAACAAAGGUUCACAAAACUCAGCGUUUCGUUGUUGAUUGCACUGCUCCUAUGCAAGAUAACAUCAUUGAUGCAUCUGGGCUUGAGAAAUUCUUCCAUGAUCGCAUAAAAGUUGAUGGUAAAUGUGGCCAGUUGGGCACAAAAAUUCAGAUUUCUCGUCAGAAAGGUCGUAUUACUGUGUCAAGUGAAGUUCCUAUGUCCAAGAGAUAUUUGAAGUAUCUGACUAAGAAAUACCUUAAGAAACAACAAAUUAGAGACUUUCUACGUGUAGUUGCAAUUAGCAAAGGGUCCUAUGAAGUUAGGUACUUCAAUAUUAGUAAUGAAGCAGGUGAAGAGUAA